AAGAGUUACUGAAAACUGAAAAAUCUGCAAGCCAGCACCAGCUACCAGCCAAAUAGAAAUAACUGCUCAAAUCCAGCCAAUCCGCCCUGGCCCUCUAACAAAAGCCCUCGCAAAACCCAGUCCAUCUUCGAUACUUUUGGUCUCGCUUUUGGUUUUUGCUCCACGACUAGUCGACCACGUGGAAUAAUUUUAAAGCCACACCUGCCUGGUCCUGUCAUGCUCAAGUCAGCAGUGAAAGGCUCUUGUUCUUUAUUUUCCUGCAACUCCUCAGUCUCCGUCCUCCUUCGAAUAGUCCCUGCUCGCUCAAUCAGCACCUCAUCAUUUCUCCUUGACUCUGCAGAGGAGAAGUCUAACAUGCUCUCAGGUAGAGGGAUGGUUGUUGGUUGCUAUGAGGGAGAGGAUGGGGCUGAACUGACUGAAGCUGGGAAGACACUGGAUGCAAAAUACAACAAUAAAAUAACUCGUAUACUUAAAAUUUCAGGUCAGCAGGUGAAGGAUGGUGAUUCAAGACUGUUUUAUGAUAUUUCAGAAGAUUUGACACAUCUUGCUUUGGUUGGUUUGGGUAAAAGAGGGCCAGAGGAGAAGCAAGAGGACAUGUUAAUGAGUAGGCAUAAUGUUCGCUGUGCUGCUGCUGCUGGUGCUAGUUUAUUGAAGAAAGCAAAAGUGAAGGAGAUUCACUUGGAAGGUUUAUCUGAUCCAGAGGCAGCAGCUGAAGGCACUCACUUGGCUCUCUUCACAUAUGAUGACAUGAAAGGAAAGAAACCCACCAAUGAGGAACCCACCAACGAGAAACCAAGUGUUUUGUUAUGGGAUGGAUCCUCAGAGGGUGAGAGGGAGCAGUGGGGAAGAGGAUGUGUUCUUGCUGAGGGUCAGAACUUUGCUCGCUGGUUGAUGGAAACUCCCUCAAAUCACAUGACUCCAACUGAUUUUGUUGAUGCCGUCUCGCGUAAACUUGGACAGUGUGAAAACAAAGAUAAAAUUGAAAUUAGUCCCAGGCCGUAUUCAUGGAUCAAGGAGAAGAAGAUGGGCUCGUUCCUCUCAGUUGCUCAAGGCUCUGAUGAAGACCCAUGGUUCCUAGAGAUCAAGUAUAAUGGAGCUACUUCACCAGAUACCAAUCCACUAGUACUGGUAGGAAAAGGUAUAACGUUUGAUUCUGGUGGCAUCUCCAUUAAACCAGCUGCUGGUAUGCCUGAGAUGAAAGCUGACAUGGGAGGAGCUGCUUGUGUUACUGGAACAACUCUGGCUGUAGCUAUGCUUGGCCUACCAAUAAAUAUUGUUUCUUUGAUGCCAUUGUGUGAGAACAUGCCGUCAGGUAAAGCAGUAAAGCCAGGUGAUGUAGUGACAGCUAUGAAUGGGAAGACUAUUGAGGUAGACAAUACUGAUGCUGAGGGGAGACUCAUAUUAGCUGAUGCACUCUGCUAUGCUCACUCAUUCAAUCCAACAGGCAUCAUUGAUAUGGCUACACUGACAGGUGCUGUUGGGGUAGCUCUUGGUAGUGGAGCUGCUGGAACUUAUACAACAUCAGAAUCGAUGUGGGAGAGAUUUCAUGAGGCUAGUCGUACAACUGGUGACAGACUGUGGAGGAUGCCUUUAUACAAUUUAUACUCCAAACAAAUGAAGUCAAGGAUUGCUGACAUUAAUAAUCUUGGUACUCCUAGCAGAUCAGCUGGGUCAUGCACUGCAGCUGCCUUCCUUAAGGCGUUUGUUGAGUGUGAUGAAUGGUGUCAUCUUGAUAUAGCUGGUGUCAUGAGUGGAGGCACUGCUGAUCUGCCCUAUCUUAGUAAAGGAAUGAGUGGAAGACCAACUCGUACAAUUAUACAGUACAUACAGCAGCUCUGCUCUUCACAACAAUAACUCAAUUAAAGACACUUGAUGUACCAUGUUGCAUUUCACAUUAUUUUGAUUAUUUAAAAGUCAAUUUAUGACAGUUGAUACAAUGAUGCAGCUUUUAAAUUCCAUGCUUUGUCAUUGUGUCAAAGAUCUCUA